AUGGCAGAGGAAGGUCCAUCGACUCAAAAGGGCCCAAGAAAGGCGAGAAACCUUUUAAAGAACUUUUAUGGUCUUGCUGCAUCGGAACAGGCCAAAAAGAGACCUGAUCCACUAGAUAUAGGCAAGUUACUGUAUUUGAUCAUAUUUUUUGUCAAUUCAACGGCAUUCCAUCCUGAAGUGUUUCUAAACAAGGCAUUACACGAACAGAAUCUCGUCGAAUUGAUUCAAAGAGAUAAUGACAUGGUUUCUGAAAUAAAGGACCUAGAUGGACAAAUGAAGACAUUGGUCUGUGAAAACUACAACAAGUUUAUUAGUGCUACUGACUCUAUUCGCAAGAUGAAGACAAAUGUCGAAAACAUGGAGUCUGAAAUGGACCGUCUAUCUAAAAGCAUGGAUCAGAUUACUCAAGCUUCAACCAAGAUCAACGAUUCUCUCGCUGAUCGAAGAAGCAAGAUACAUCAAUUGAGUGGUGUUCAUACCUUGCUAAAAAAGUUGAACUUUGUAUUCGAACUGCCGACACGUCUGAAACAGUGUCUCAACAAGCAACAAUAUGCACAAGCUGUCCAGUAUCAUUCUCAAACAGCGCACUUGUUGGUACAUUAUCGCCAUAUCGCUGUCUUUAAGAAGAUUGAAGAUGAAUGUAAAGUUGUUAUGGAUGAAGUUGGCAAGAAGAUUCGAGACAAGAUGCAUCGAGACUCGUCUACUACAGGUGACAUUGUUGAGAGUUUUGGUUUGCUCAUUGGCUUGGCAACACAACAGCCGCAAGAUCUUGCGAAGGAGUAUUUGCAAAUCUUCCAAAAACAAUUCACCAAAUCAAAGAAUACUGCAUUAAAGCACUUGUCAACUAUGCAGCUAAACCCACAACAAACAACGAAAACGGAAGGAGAAUCUCCUACCAAGUCGUCAUCUUCAUCAGCAGCUAUAGAUUUAGCUGUUGCCAAAGUAUCACAUCUAGAUUCGACACUCUUGGCCGAGUUUGCUCUACUCGUAAAAUCAUUCGAAGACUACUUUUUGCUUCCUCGUCUCGAUUCUGCUCCUCUAGAGCGAGAAGAAUCGCCGUCACGACCAGUGUUUUUCGCUAAGCUGUCUUCGGAAACCCGUGAUUCUAUACGGAAGGAAUUCACGGAUAUGGUAGAAAAGGCUACUAGUGACUAUUUUGCUAUAGUUGAAGGGUUCCUUCCAAGUUUGGACUCCGCUGCUCCUACUGCUGCUUUGGCAGUAUUUGAUAAGCUUCACAGUGACGUGUCUAAUACAGAAGCUCUGAAACGAACAGCACAUAUGGAUGAACGCGUCCAACUUUUGACCAUGGGAUGGCUAGGCAAAGUCAUUGGCGAUGUCUUUGCUCGAGUCAAACAAGGCUUCUUUGACAAACUCAAGGACAUCAAACCAUUUGAGAAUAGCCUGGAUACGCUGGUACAAGAUGCUGAAAUAUGGGUUGAAAAGACAUUGAUUGAUGAAUGUCUGCCCGUGCUUGAAAGUUUUAUCACCCCAGAGAGUGGAUUUGUCAAAACCUCUCAACAAGGUUUUAAUGAUUUCAUGCAGCAAGUUCGGAAGAGCUUGGCUGAACUUUGGUUUGGGAUGCAAGCACAUAUGAUGGAAUUAACAAGCACAAAGACCCACUUUGCAAAAGUCCCAUCGUCACCGAGCAAUCCUCCCGUAUUAUCACUAAUACUAGCUCGAGUCUCAAAGGACUUUGCUGCAUCAACAGUUGAUUCAGUGUACCAAUCAUAUGCUGAACGAUUAUUCCAACCAAAUAAUAAUGAAGAAAGGCCGUCACCCACUCGUAAAGGUGCAUCGUCAAGAGAUAAACGAUUAGCGGUCGUAACUGGUGGCCGAGCAGUAGUCGUAGGUCAAGACGAGGCGGUUGAAGAAAUGAAUUCAAAAGCUCGUGAGAUUUGUAAUAUGUGGAAGGAAACUUCUCAGAAACUAUUGUCAUUAUACGUUGAAGUCGCUGGCAUGGGUCAUGGUAUGGCUGUUCGCCGACACUUUGCCGUUCACAUUUGGUUGGAUGCUUCUGAGCCUUCUCGACCGUCCAGUAUUUGGGAUCGUAUCUUGUCUGAUUUGCAGUCUUCUAAUCGAGAUGUCUUGCAGUUGUAUGAUGACGAGGGUGUGCUGGAACGCAAGGAGGGUGGUCAGUUUAGUAACUCUGGUCGAAGAACAUCGGCUAGACCUGGCCAUUCUCGAAACGCAUCGAUGGCUACAGGGAAUAGCAAUUAUCCAUACAUGCAUCCAGCUGCAUCAAAUUCAUCUUUCAAUAAAUCCAGUGGCAUGCAUCGUUCACAAAGCACUCUACCAUCACCAACACACCAAAACACGUUUGAUCAGCUCAUGUCGGGUAUCGACAAGCUGUUUUCAGAACGAGUAGAGUACUUUGGAUUGGUGGAUGGUUCUCAUAGUGGGAUUUUGAUGGGGAUUGUCAAGGUUUUGGUCAAGAGCUUUAUUGAAGAGGUGAGAAUGGUGACGCUCAACAAGGCUGGAUUUCGUCAAACUCAGUUGGAUACCGAGUAUCUUCGUAUGAAUUUGUGGCAGUAUGCCCAAGAUGACAGGUUGCUCUUCACUCUAUUGGACGAAGUCAUGGCUUCAGCAUAUAGGAGAUGUACAGAACCAACUGCUUUUGAACGAGAAGCUUUAGAGCCUUUAUUAAGUGUUCACAAGUAA